AUCACUCUUCACUGACAGAGAUACAGGACACACACGCGGCGGUUACUCUCUCACACUCACCGUGUUUAGCAUGGCGUUCCAGGGCUUUAUAUCGGGGGGCGGACUGCGCUCAGCGGGUGUCGCGGUCGGCGUUACAGCUGCUGCUGCGGCCGGCUGUUAUUUACUCUACCAAAAAUGGUGUAAAGCGCGCAAGAGCACCAGAGGUGUCGCGGAGGCGGCGGAGGCGGAGGAACACAUUCCUGAGGGCGGGAGCAUAGUGGAACAGACACCGGUAGGAACCGGGUUUGAGGGACAGGUGGCACCGGUAGGAACCGGGUUUGAGGGACAGGUGGCACCGGUAGGAACCGGGUUUCAGGACCAGCGACAGGUGGCACCGGUAGGAACCGGGUUUGAGGGACAGGUGGCACCGGUAGGAACCGGGUUUCAGGACCAGCGACAGGUGGCACCGGUAGGAACCGGGUUUGAGGGACAGGUGGUACCGGUAGGAACCGGGUUUGAGGGACAGGUGGCACCGGUAGGAACCGGGUUUGAGGGACAGGUGGUACCGGUAGGAACCGGGUUUGAGGGACAGGUGGCACCGGUAGGAACCGGGUUUCAGGACCAGCGACAGGUGGCACCGGUAGGAACCGGGUUUGAGGGACAGGUGGCACCGGUAGGAACCGGGUUUGAGGGACAGGUGGUACCGGUAGGAACCGGGUUUGAGGGCGGGCGACAGGUGGCACCGGUAGGAACCGGGUUUCAGGACCAGCGACAGGUGGCACCGGUAGGAACCGGGUUUGAGGGACAGGUGGCACCGGUAGGAACCGGGUUUGAGGGACAGGUGGUACCGGUAGGAACCGGGUUUGAGGGCGGGCGACAGGUGGCACCGGUAGGAACCGGGUUUGAGGGACAGGUGGCACCGGUAGGAACCGGGUUUGAGGGACAGGUGGCACCGGUAGGAACCGGGUUUCAGGAUGAGCGACAGGUGGCACCGGUAGGAACCGGGUUUCAGGACCAGCGACAGGUGGCACCGGUAGGAACCGGGUUUCAGGACCAGCGACAGGUGGCACCGGUAGGAACCGGGUCCCGGGGCCUGAGGCGGGUAGAGCAGGCACCGGUGGGAUGGCCUGCAGGAUGGCCGUUAGAACAGACACCAGAGAGAAUGCAGGAUUAUGGGUACUACAGCAGCUUUGAGUACAGCGGUUUUCAGUACAGGACUCCAAACGGACAGAUGUGCACACAGUACAGCUCUCGCACUGAAAUAUACAUCAGAUCUCCUGGAGCAAAUCUGUUCUCCUCCCUCCUGAAGUUUGUAGGCCAGGCACGACCCGUUCUAGUUAGCCUGGCUCGGGACAUCCAAAACGCACUGACCGGUGGUACCAGUAAUGCACUGACCGGUGGUACCAGUAAUGCACUGACCGGUGGUACCAGUGGUGCACUGACCGGUGGUACCAGUGAUGCACUGACCGGUGGUACCAGUGAUGCACUGACCGGUGGUACCAGUAAUGCACUGAUUGGUACCAAUAACGUCACCGGUCAGUGAAAUGAAAGAAAUUCAAUUUUUAAAAAAUGUGUGUUUAAGUCCUGGCUCAGGGGCCUAAAUGUGGCAACUUUGCAGCAGCAGGGACUUGAACCAAGAACCAUCUGAUUACUAAUUACUAAAUAAAAUUGACUAAAAUCUGUUAAA